CUCAAGACAUGUGUAGAUGAUCUGUAGAUGUAGUAUUUCAGUUUUUCGCUAGUCAUUUGGACUUUCGAGUUUCUGUUCUUUCGGCAUGAGGACCUUUAUCCUCAUGUUUUUUUGCGCUGUCAAAGGAACUCUUGUGCCGCUGGAUGAUGUGAAGCAAGCUGUCCAGCCAGUGUUGGAUGAGAUGGCUCUGAAGUACAACAUGAGUUUCAGCUUUGGAUUUACGAAUCCGGCUGGCCGUGUAGCCCUGGCGGCUGGUGUCGACAGUGUUUGGAGCAAGACGCCGCUACACCCAGACUCUUUGAUUCCGCUAGGCUCUGUGACAAAAGCCUGGACAGCCGUCAUGGUGAUGCAGGCAGUGGAGGCAGGUCGACUUUCCUUGGAGGAUGCAGCGGCAAGGUGGAUUGAUCCAGUCCUUCAACGUUUAUACCACAGCAGCAUGGAAAAGUUAUGGGGGAAGAUGCUCAUCUCAUCAGGGUCAGAGAUUUAAUGGGUAUGACCAGUGGCAUAGCUGACUAUGAUGACUUCUUCAUGGAGCACUUUACCUUCAAAUUUGCUGGUGAUGAUGCUGGACCAUUCUUGUACCUGAAGAGCGCUGCAAGGCAAGGUCUGACAUGCCGGCCUCGUUCGAAAGCUGUGUACUCUGGGGCCAAUUAUGUGCUCUUGGGCUUCCUAUUGGUUGAGGUCCAUCAAAUGUGGUCGUGGCAAGAUCUGGACCAACUCCGAGCGAUUCCAAACAAUCUGAUGCACUCUGGGCGCUAUUCGCAUACAAGCUUUUCUCGCUUGGGACGUUGCAUCCAGUACUCAGGCUUUGCACAUCAAUAUGCCUGGAAGUCCUGGGAGUUUGAGAAUAACACACAGACAUUUGAAGACCUGGCAUACACCUCCUGCCUGAACGGUUGGACUAUGGGCAACCUUGCGAGUUCUGCAGUGGACUUGGCCACGUUCUUCUUCGACUUGUUUUCGCUACCAAAAGAAAAGGGUGGUUUUCUGAGUCACAAAUCACUCACAGAAAUGACCACGUUCAAGAGGCUGAACGACACGUGGUGUGAGGGCCCAGGAGGACCCGGAUCUUGCUCUUACGGUAUGGGGAUCCUAACGAACCAACUUGGACAAGACUUUUGGGUCUUGCAAGAUAAGUCUGCGGAUGAAUCUGCUGUCAAAGUGCUUGGGCAUCCUGGUGAGGACUGGGGCAGUGGAUGCUCCCCGUGUGGUUUCAAUCCAAAAUAUGGUUUUGGGAUUUGCAUGGCCUACACCAGUGUGAUCGGCAUGAAUUGCAGUGCAGAUUUCCAACUGAACUUCGGUGCAGUUCAAGAGGCGACUUGCUUGGCCUAUGAUGCCGUGCUUGGCCUCUUUGGUGCUCCAAGAUUGAACUGCACCAAUCCCACGAUAGCACAUCCACCGCAAGUCGUCAACUGCACCUGGUCCAGGCAGGACAACAACCACUCCGCUUUUUUGCUGGAGACCAAUCUCGCUGACACUGAGACUGCGGUCAUAAUUUGAUUGCCAAGUUUGAAUCUUCCAGUGCAGCUGCUUAGCAGUGUUGCGGAGCCUAAAACAUGCUUUGUUUCACAUCAAGGCUUACACCAGGUAAUCAGAUGUACUCAGCCCACACUAGGGAAUGUGAUUGUUCAAAAUUCAAAACUCAAACCUCUCGAAGAUCCUUCAAAUUGAAAUGCCUCUCUACUGGGAGUGCAAGAGUGUAUUGUUUACGUCAGCCUUGACUUAUGCUUUUGUACAGUGUCGGAGUGUGACCACUUGGGCUGCACUAGCCAAAA